AUGUAUCUCAAAUCCAUUCAAACAUAUUUCCACAAAGUAUAAACAGAAUGCUUAUUUUGAGGAGCAUUUUGGCUUAGUUCAACCUAGACAAAUUAAUCUUGGACACAGAGUUGUGAAAAGACGUUCAAGGACUGUGUACAAAGAAGUUAUUAAAGAUGAAGAAAUCAUGUACAUACCACUGCUUAAAUCCUUGGAAAAAAUGCUCAAUGUAAAAGGAGUACUUGAACAGCUAAACCAUGGUCAUCUUCGGCAACAUAAACAUGAUGAUGUGAUUGAGGAUGUUUGCGAUGGCCAGUAUUUCAAAACCCAUCCUCUGUUUUCCAAGGACUCAACUGCUUUACAAAUCAUGCUUUACUAUGAUGAGUUGGAAAUUGCAAAUGCCCUUGGUAGUAAAACUGGAAAGCAUAAGUUAGGAGUUGUUUACUACACAAUUGGAAAUAUUGAUCCUCGAUAUCGAUCCCAGUGUGAUAACAUUCACCUACUCCUUAUGGCAACAGUUCCAAUUAUCAAAAAAUAUGGCAUUGACAUUCUCUUGGAGCCUUUCAUGAAUGACCUUGAAUACCUUGAACAAGAUGGUGGACACCAGUUCAUUGUUAAAGGUGAACCUAUGUCAUUUUCUGGGACUAUUGUGUUGGUUUCUGGAGACAAUCUUGGAUCACAACUAAUGGGUGGAUUCAAAGAAGGUCCAGGUGCAUAUUUGAAAUGCCGGCAAUGCAUGGGACCACUGAACAAAUAAAGCAGAAGUUUUUAGAAAAACAUUUUACACUUCGAACUCGUGCUGGUCAUGACCGCCAAUGUGAACUGAUUAAAGAAAACCCAGAACUGAGUAAAGCAUAUGGGCUUUGCAGGAGAUCAAUUCUUUGCAACUCUAGGUAUUUUCAUGUAGCAGAUGGCAUGCCAGGUGAUGCAACAAACAAAACAAACAAACAACAUUUGUAUACCGGCCAGUAUUAAUCCCUG